GUUUGUUCCACACCAGUGGAAGUCGGUGUUGUUGUUGUUUUUUACCGCUCAUUUCCCAGUUACGUUAAGUACACAAUGUUCUUCUUUACUGAAACAUGAACCGUGUUAUUUCGUGAAGCGGUUUACUUUAUUUCUUUCAGGGAAACCAAACAGUAGGCGAGUCGAAACAACCGCCAUGCAGGCAGAGAGAGAGGAUGAGGAGGAUGCAUCUGGUGAAGAGUAUGUCGCCCAGUCUGACUUCACUGGAAGUAGCAGCGAGCAGCUUAGUUUCUGCAGCGGGGACAGACUGAUCGUGCACGCCAAGCCUUCAUCAGAGUGGUGGUGGGCAGAGCUGCGUGGGGUCAAAGGUUAUGUCCCCGUCAGCUACCUGCGCCAGGAUGCUGAGGAGGAGGAGGAGGAGGGGCAGGACCCAUGGCAAGAUGAGGAAUACUUUGGGAGUUAUGGGACACUGAGGCUUCACUUGGAGAUGUUGUCGGAUAAGAGCCGCACUGAGGCGUAUCGGCAGGUUAUUCUCAGCAACAGCGCUUCUCUGAGGAAUAAGGUGGUGAUGGAUCUUGGCUGUGGGACUGGCAUCAUCAGCCUCUUUUGCGCUCAACUUGCAGAACCCUCGGAGGUGUAUGCUGUGGAGGCAAGCUCCAUGGCAGAGUACACCAGACAGCUGGUGAAGCAGAACGGCUGUGAGGAGGUGGUCAAGGUGCUCCAGGGACGAGCUGAGGAGAUCGAUCUACCCGAGCAAGUGGACGUCCUGGUGUCUGAGUGGAUGGGAAACUGCCUGCUGUUUGAGUUCAUGGUUGAGUCAGUACUGCUGGCCAGGGACCGCUGGCUAAAAGAAGGCGGCGUCAUGUGGCCCUCAUCUGCGGCCCUCACCCUAGUGCCAUGUCAGGCCAACGGCUAUUAUGCAGAGAAGAUGGCCUUCUGGGAGCAGCCCUAUGGCCUGGACUUCACUCCUCUUCAGCCCUUGGCACGGCAGGAGUUCUUCACCAAGCCCAAGUUCAGCCACCUCAUUGAGCCCAAUGACUGCCUCACUGCUCCCUGUGAUGUCCUUCACCUGGACAUGUACACGCUGCAGGUCAAAGACCUGGAGGAAAUAAAGGGUCAGUUUCAUUUUCAUGUAAAAACGUCUGGUGUUUUCCAUGGAUUCACCGCCUGGUUCACUGUUCAUUUCGAGAGCCUGGAGACGGGAGGCGCCUCUGUGGAGCUAAACACCGGACCUAACUCUGAGCCCACACACUGGAAGCAGACUCUGUUCAUGCUGGACAGGCCAGUUAGUGUGAACGCUGAAGACGCCAUCAGUGGAACCAUUCGCCUGCACAGGAACCCGGUCUGGAGACGCCACAUGACGGUUACCCUGCACUGGAGCAUUAACAGCAGCACAGGGGAAACGGACAACUGCCAGGUUGGGACAAAGACUUUCCCCAUGUGGAGGUGACAGAUUCUCCGUCAGCAGUGGAGAUCCACAGAUACAGUCCAAAUACAUCUUCUG